GCCGCCGCCGCAGCCACAAGUAGCCAGGAGGCCGGAGUGCGGGGAGGAGGGACGGGCUGAUGAAGGAGCCCCCGCCCCGCCGCAGGAGCCCAGCCCCGUAGUGGCUCCCCAGUGUCCCCGGGGCAGCCCUGGACUGGAGGAGACCAUGCAGCGACCCCCAGACUGCGCCCUCAGGCUGCUUCGGGGGGCGCCGCGGCACCGGCUCUGUGCCCUGUUGGUCCUCACAUUCAAGUUCAUGUCCGUGGUCUCCAUCAUGAUCUACUGGAGGAUUGUGGGUGACUCCAAGUUCAAGAGCCCAUCGUUCAGCCUGCCCCUGGAAGUCAAGUGCCCCUCGGCCCCGAGUCCCCCAGCCCCCCCGGGCCCUCCAGGUGGAGACAUCUUCUUCGUGGAGACCUCGGAAAGGACCAACCCCAACUUCCUCUUCAUGUGCUCGGUGGAGUCGGCCGCCAGAACCCACCCUGAGACCCGGGUGGUGGUCCUCAUGAAGGGUCUGGGCGGCGGCAACGGCUCACUGCCCAGGCACCUGGGCAUCUCCCUGCUGCGCUGCUUCCACAACGUGGAGCUGCGCCCACUGGACCUGCGUGAGCUCUUCGCCGGGACGCCUCUGGCCGGCUGGCACGCCACGGUUCAGGCCCGCUGGGAGCCCUACCUGCUGCCCGUCCUCUCAGACGCCUGCCGGAUCGCCAUCAUGUGGAAGUUUGGGGGCAUCUACCUGGACACGGACUUCAUUGUGCUCAGGAGCCUGAAGAACCUGACCAACGUGCUGGGCACGCAGUCUGAGUACGUGCUCAAUGGGGCCUUCCUGGCCUUCGAGCGCGGGCACAAAUUCAUCGAGUUGUGCAUGCAGGACUUCGUGGACCACUAUAACGGGUGGGUCUGGGGCCACCAGGGGCCUCAGCUCCUCACCCGCGUCUUCAAAAAGUGGUGCUCGGUCCGGAGUCUCCGGGCCCGCCAGAGCUGCCGGGGGGUGCGGGCCCUGCCCCGCGAAGCCUUCUACCCCAUCCGCUGGCAGAACUGGAAGAAGUACUUCCAGGAGAUCGGCCCCUUGGAGUUCCGCCGACUGCUCAAGGACACCUAUGCUGUGCACGUGUGGAACAAAAAGAGCCAGGGCGCGCACUUUGAGAUCGCCUCCAAGGCCCUACUGGCCCAGCUGCACUCUCAUUAUUGCCCCACCACCUACAGCAUCAUGAAGAUGUAUCUCUGAGGGGGCCUGGCCUGCCAGAGCCUCCGGGGACCCUCCGGCCUUCGGGAGGGGCAACCAGCCUAGCACCCUGAGCUCUGUGCCGGCUGGAGGUUGGGGUGGAGUCGGACGGGCACGUGGGGGUGGCUCGAGGGACAGGGAUAUGGGGCACCAACAGGGACCGCUCUAGCCCUGGGAGGCGGGAGUGCGUGGGCCGGCGCAUGUCCUCGGAGGGAUGAAGGGGAGAAAAGGGCUCAUCGAGAUCAGGGCAGGCACAUGAGCAGGUGAUGGGUGAGGGAGACUGUGGACUAGGGAAUGGGAAGGUUGAGGAGAUGGAGAAACUUGCAGAAAGAGGGCAGGGGAUGAGAGAGGAGUGGAGGCUGAGAACAGGAAUUUUUUAGUGGUUUGUGGUGGGGGAUUCUGGCUCCCAGCAUCUCCCGUGGCCACUUAAGCUCUGUGCUCAGGCUCAAGAUUUCUGAGGGCCUUAGCUGAACAUACAGCACUUUGUGAGAGAGACAGAGACACAGAGAGGAGCAGCAAGUGAGUGAGUAGGCUUAUGAGAGCCCCUCGAGCUUUCCCUCCACUUCCCAGAGCCACCACUGCCACCCUUCCCCCAGCCCCCGCCUGCGGGGUGAGGCCGUGGGAAGUUAGGGCCAAAGCUCUCUGAGCUCUUGGGAUGAGGAAAUAAAAAUUGCAAGUAGCAGGAGGGAAGGCUCUUACAAAGACCUUUUUUCACACACCCUCUUUCCCUGCUCCUGCCCUUCUCUUAGACAUUAGAUGGGAAGGGGAGGGGGCUCUAGCCUCUCUAUAGCCAAGAGAAGAAUGUCAAUAGAAAAAACACUGUAGGAGCAGCCAGGACCCUGCCUGACCUCUCAGUGAUGGCCAGUCUCCUGACUCCCCUGUUUGGGGUGUGGCAGGAUGGGGGAAGUAAGUGUCACUUGGCAGCAGCAGAUGGCACUUGUCAAUGGGCUAAUUGGCCCUUCAGGCUCAUGCAGAAAAUGGUCACAGCUGUGCUAGUCCCAGGAGCCCCACUCCCAGGUGAGGCCUCAGUUGGCAGAAGGCAGUGCCCUGAGAACCAAUGCACACUCACCUUCACUCUCUGUAGGCGUGCGUGAACACACACACUCUCUCUCUUUCUCUCUCUCCCUUUCUCAUGCUAAUUCACUUCUCCUAGCCCCCUUAAAUCCAAGGGGAUACUUGUUCCACCCACCCUUACUGCUGUUUAAGACAACUGUCUUCCAGAAGCCUCUGGCCCUGCCCAGAAGUAAAGCAGCUGAUUUGCAGACCCAGCCCCUGUCUGCUUUAGACCCAGGGUAGAGAGCUUUAGACCCAGGAACCUGAUCAGGAACAGCUAGGGCACACUCAGGCCUCACCUGGGCCUCAGCUGCGGCCAUGGAACGUAGGAGGCAAACUCGACUAACCGAAGCAAAGCACAUGGAUCGGCUGGAGGAGGGUGGCUGAUCCAGGGGAAACUGUCCCUGCUCUGAAGCUGAGGAGUAAAGCCCCCUCGGGGCCCUGUGGGUUUUGGUCUUGUCCUGUCAGUCAACCCCUGGGACCUCAACCCGUGAAGCCCCUUGACUCAUCACCCGCUUCCUGGCCCUGGAAGGCCUAGGGGUUGCCCUCUUCCAGGCCCUUCUGGUCCUGCCUGUCCUGGACUCCCUGCAGGGUCUCUGGCUGGGCCUGCCUCUGCUCCCUCCUACAAAUUGCAGACACAGGGAUGGGGAUUCACACUCUGAGUGGCCAAGCCCCAGGGCAGGCCAGUGAGCUAAAAUGACAUUAGACUGUCAGGGCGUGAACUCUGAGGCGAUGAGGUACUGGUGACUGUGUCAGUCCAACCUCCCUCCACUAACCCCCCACUGCCCUGCACAGUUACCAGUCCAAUGGGAAAGUUGUAUCACCAAAGAUGGGCCUCAAGGAUGGACCCUGAGGGUGGUCCCCAAAAGAGCACUGUAUGUGCAGCCCCUGGGAGGGGAGGAGGGGGCUGUUGGCCAGGGAGACCAGGGUUGGGCCUUCCCACUGUGCCCCUCCUCCCCAUAAGCAUGGGGCAAGGAGAAAGUAUGGGGUGGUUGAAAGUGGACUGUCCCUGCCCCACCCCUAUGCUCUCCCAGCAUGCUUUGUAGCUCCCUGCUGGGUUGGUGGUCGAUAUGUCAGCAACUAGACCUGUUAGCCAGAAACCUAGCCCAAGUUCCACUCAAAUGUGAGGCCUGGCAUUCCUUCUGGGGAGUUGCCGCACAAUUGUCAGUCGUGUGUUUGUCGUGUAUGUGUAUAGGUGUGUUUGCUCCAGGCUGGCGAGGCUUGGCUAAGGUCCUUUCUUGCUGCACUUGGGGAGAAACCUGUGCAGUCCUCCUGUCUCCCCAGGCCUCAGUGGCAGGGCCCCUAUCCAGCACUGGCUCUUUUAAAGCCCCUGCCAGGGGAAGGCUUGGGGCCGGCUGCCUGAAGGCACCAACCGACUAACCAGCUCCAUCACCGCCGUGCCUAGGCCCACUCUGCCACAUCAUCAAGUAAGGGGUCUCACUGUGUCACUGUGCAAGGAAUCCUGAGAGGCCUGGGCUGGCGGAGCCCCAGCAGAGCUGGCAGGCGCAGUUCCCGAUCCAGUUACGGAGCCGCCCAUGGAGAGCAGUGCCUCCUGGGGCUCACGGCUGGCCCAGCGCGGACGUGACCCACCUAAGGGACGGGCAGGGCGAUCACUGCCGAUGUGGAAUGUGAUGGCACGCUGACCGUGGGGGAGUAGGGUAAGAGCUUUCGUGAGCUCUUGGGGACUUACCGGAGGGCCUCACUGUGUGUCAUCAGACCCUCGAUCUCUCAGGCCCAUACCAAAGCCAACUCCAUCCCCAGGGGCCGACUGCAUACGUGAGUGCCUGAACUGGGACCAAGGUUCCACCUAAGCCCUCGAGCGUUCAUGGUCUCUUCACCCUCCCCACCACCCUACCAGCCCUGUGUCCAUAUCCCCCCCUUCUCUUACUUCCGUCUAAUUUAUUUCAGUGUCCAUCUACCCCGCUGGACUGGAGACUCCUCAAGGGCAGGGAUCAUGUCUGCUAACUUCUUUGUAACAUGGUGCUCUGCAAAGAGUAGGUGCUCAAUAAAUAUGAUUGAUUGAUUGA